ACACACCAGCAGCAACAGAUAAACAGGACGCAGGUUGCUGCAUUACAGCAGAUUUCUUCUGAUGCUUGUGUGAUUGACUGAGGAGCAUCUGUGUGCAGUGUUGAGUAUGGCUUCGGUUCUGCAGAAGCUCAUCACUCCUCUCUUCAGAGGGCCGCUUGAGCCGCCGAGGAACAAAGUGACGGUGGUCGGUGUGGGACAGGUCGGCAUGGCCUGCGCCGUCAGCAUUCUGCUGCGGGAGCUGGCGGAUGAGCUGGCGCUGGUGGACGUCGUCGAGGACAAACUCAAGGGCGAGAUGAUGGACUUACAGCACGGAAGCCUCUUCCUAAAGACGCCCAAGAUCGUCUCAGGCAAAGAUUACUCUGUGACGGCUAACUCUCGCGUGGUGGUGGUGACGGCAGGCGUGCGUCAGCAGGAGGGCGAGAGCAGACUGAAUCUGGUGCAGAGAAACGUCAGCAUCUUCAAACACAUCAUCCCGCAGAUCGUCAGAUACAGUCCCAGCUGCAUCCUCAUCGUAGUGUCCAACCCAGUGGACGUUUUGACCUACGUGACCUGGAAGCUGAGCGGUCUGCCCAAACACCGCGUCAUCGGCAGCGGGACCAACCUGGACUCGGCUCGCUUUCGGUACUUGAUGGCUGAGAGGGUGGGCAUCCAUCCCAGCAGCUUCAACGGAUGGAUUCUGGGAGAACAUGGCGACUCCAGCGUUCCCAUUUGGAGUGGUGCAAAUGUGGCAGGAGUCAGUCUGCAGAAACUCAAUCCAGAUAUCGGCAAAGACACGGACAAAGAGAACUGGACAGAAACACACAAAAAGGUCGUGGACAGCGCCUAUGAGGUGAUCCGACUGAAAGGCUACACGAACUGGGCCAUCGGGCUGAGUGUGGCCGACCUGACAGAGAGUCUCAUGAAGAACCUCAACCGAGUCCAUCCCGUUUCCACCAUGGUGAAGGGUAUGUAUGGCAUCGGUGACGAGGUGUACCUGAGCCUGCCGUGCGUGUUGAACAGCGCUGGAGUGGGCAGCGUGGUCAACAUGAGCCUGACCAGCAACGAGAUUUCGCAGCUGAAGAAGAGCGCAGACAUGCUGUGGCACAUCCAGAAAGACCUGAAAGACCUGUACCGCUAACUUCGAAUGUCACCGCUUCGAAUGUGUGAUUGCUGCUUCGGCAAGACAUCCAUGAACGGUUCACUUAUUUUUUUUUUUUUAUAUCCUAGUAGUGUUAUGUUCUUGAAAUCAUCUUUCAAAUGAUUUAUGGGUCUAAAUUUAUGUACGUACAGGAAUAGUUCACUCAAAAAUGAAAUUUGCUGAGAAUGUUCUCACCCUCAGGCCAUCCAAGAUG